GGCUCCUCCUGAGUGCCGGACAAUGAGGGACGACAGGAGUUGAACACGCCCCUGGAGCCCAGAGGUACUUCCGGUCCCGGAACAGUUGCCAUGGAGACGGGAUAGUUUACACACAGCUGCGCUGAAGCCAAGAGCUGAACAGAAUGAGCAGCAGACCGAGCACUGUGCGCGUAUUUGCCCGGGUUAAACCAACACCACAUUUCGCUCAUGAGAUCAUCAGAUUUGGGGAAGAUAAUAAGACAGUAGAUAUCCACAUCAAGAAAGAUGACAGGCUCGGUGUUGUCAAUAACAAGCGCUCUGAUUGGUCCUUCAAAGUGGACGGCUUACUUCACAAUGCCUCACAAGACACUGUCUAUGAUACUGUGGCAAAAUCAGUUGUUUCCAAAGCACUUGAUGGAUACAAUGCUACAAUCAUGUGUUACGGGCAGACAGGAGCAGGAAAAACAUUCACAAUCACAGGAGGGACUGAAAACUACAAACUUCGAGGCAUCAUCCCAAGAGCUUUGCAGCAGGUGUUUAAAGAGAUUGAAGGGAAAAGUGAUCAGUCCAUUACAGUGCGGAUUUCAUACCUGGAAAUCUACAAUGAGACGCUCUAUGACCUCCUUUCCACUGUUCCAGAUGCCUCAGCCCCUGACACACAAAUGACCAUAGUAGAUGAUGCUCAGGGAGUGUUUGUCAAAGGCUUAUCCCUAAACCUUGCCUCCAAUGAGGAGCAGGCCUUGAACCUUCUCUUUGAGGGGGAGACAAAUCGAAUCAUUGGGUCACAUGUCCUGAAUAAAAACUCAUCCAGAUCUCACUGUAUUUUCACUAUUCAUGUGGAGUCUCGUUCCAGAAUUGUUUCUGAUGCAAAGUAUACUAUGUCAAAAAUUAACCUGGUGGAUCUGGCAGGUUCAGAGCGUCUGGGUAAAACUGGGUCUGAAGAGCAGGUCCUGAAGGAGACCACAUACAUCAAUAAGUCUCUCUCAUUCCUGGAGCAAACAAUAAUUGCCCUCACUGAUCGCAGCCGAGACCACAUUCCCUUCCGGCAGAGCAAACUCACCCAUGCCCUCAAGGACUCCUUAGGAGGCAACUGCAACACAAUUCUUGUAGCCAAUAUCUAUGGAGAGGCCUCUCAGCUCAACGAGACUCUCUCUACUCUGCGCUUUGCCAGCAGGAUGAAAUGUAUCCCUGCCGAGUCUGUGGUGAUGGAGCACUACGAUCCUGUGAGAGUUGCUCGAAACCUGCAGAAAGAGAUUGACCAUCUAAGGCAAGAGCUGGCUAUUCAUGACACAUUGAACAAUCGAACUCGGGUCAGUUACGAGCCUUUCAAUGAGAGUCAAAUUGCAGAAAUUAACACUCAAGUUCGGCGCUAUCUGGAUGGCACAGUGGAUGAGAUUGAUAUACGGAACCUGAGGCAAAUCCAGGAAAUUUUUAAUCAGUUCAAGCUGAUACUGAGCCAACAGGAGAUGGAGGCAGAAGCUCGACUGAGACAGAAAUACACCCUGAUAGACAAAACUGACUUUGUGACUGUCACAGCUGCUCAGAAGGCUGGGCUUUUAGACACGGAUGGGCGGAUGGUUGGGGAAGUAGAUGGGCAGAGUUUUGGUAUUGGAGUUGCUCCUGGUUCAUCCAAGCCCAGCAGCUCUCUGCAGUUUUCUGCAAGAAAAUCCAAGAGCAGAAAAUCAAAGGAACGGUCCAGCCCUGUGAGUCGGAAAGAAGGAGUGGGAAGUCCAGUCCUGGGCAAGGAACAAGAAGCUUUAUCUUCUUCAAAAUCCUAUUUGCUAACAGCUUCGGCCAGGGAGCUGGACCUCAAAGAGACCGCAGUCAAAGAGCAACCUGAGCUGGGAAACCUGGAUCCGCAACCUGCAGAGGCAACAGUCAAGGAGGAUCGCAGUCUGUCCAGCUCUCCUCCUCCUAAACCAUCUGCUUUCGAAGACUUUAAAGUGGAACGGGGCAGUGAGCUGAAUCGCAUAUUUAAGGAGAAUAAAACUAUUCUUGCCGACCGCAAGCGAAGGCUCAAGGACGUCACCCAGAGAAUAAACCUCAUGAAGAAAGAGAUGGACACCACUACGCACACUCUCAAUGUGGCCAAAAUAGAAAGAGAAAAACAAGGGGAAUACAUUAAUGAGGAAGGGCAGGUUAUCAUUGAUGAGCACGAGUUUAUUCUGAUUGUCCGGCUGAAGGAUCUGAAGAAACAAUACAGGGCAGAUUAUGAAGAACUGCAGGACCUGAGGGCCGAGGUGACAUAUUGCCAAAAACUGGUGGAUCAGUGUCGGCACAGACUGCUCACAGAAUUUGAAGUUUGGUAUAACGAGUCCUUUGUCAUUUCGGAAGACAUGCAGACUUCAUUGAAGUUUGGUGGCAGCAUAAGGCCCGGACUUAUUCCAGCCAAUAAGCUCCUAGCACUGGGGGAGGAUGAGCAGGAGACGUUGGAAAGGCUGCAGCAAGAGCUUCUGAUGGAGGUUCCCGGUUCCCUCCCUUUUCACAACGCCAGAAGCAACGUAGAGAAAAAGCACAAGUACAGCAGAGCCACGGCACAGCUCACCCCAUCCAAAAAGAAGCCUAACGUGAUCACAAGCACAAUAAAGAACAAACCCCCUUCCAUGUUAUCAGCUGCAUAGGAGCCCAAGGGAAUCUACUCUUACUGCACUGACUGGCUUCCUAAUCCCCUGGGCCUCACACAUGGAAUUUACACAACUUUUGGCUCUGAAAUAAAGGAUUUGGGAAGGUU